AUGUCACUCCAAGACGGAGAAGACGUGCUGGUGACGCAAGAAACGACUAGGACGAUGUCUGUCCAGAGAAGCGUCGGCGACAUCGAUGCCAGACGCCAGAUUGAUGAACUGGCGCAAACCUCAGCCGCAGCCCACCGCUCCACUAUGGAGAGGAUUAGCCACGUGCAGAAGCAGCAGAACGAGAUCGCUUCGAAGACCUCUGAGUAUCUGCAGCUCCAGUACGACAAGCAGCUCGACCUGCAGGAGUAG